AUGGGUGAUUACAAUCAACGAUAUCAGCAGGGUCUUUACCUUUCUCCAAACCAACAAGAUCUCCUGCUGGCUGCCCUCUCUUCCAACAAUCCCAACCAGAAGCCUCAAAGUGGAUCUCCUCCUAUAAAGACUUCUCAAAGUCCCGAUCAAAAUAUAUCAACCAAUCUCAGCGCGCCUCCAUCUGGCAGCUAUGACAAUGCUCAUGCCAGCAAUUUUGCACUGGGGGACGACGAGAGUCCUUUCUUGGAUUUCACUCCUGAACUCGACUUCGAUUAUCCUGGCUCGGCGGACUUGAUCGGCGACCUACCAGGGUCGUCCGCAUAUGACAUUGGCGAGAAGCGGAAGUCCCUCGACGGAAAGUCAGUGCUCGAAGGGGAAGAGACCGGAAAGAAGCGUAGGGAAAGCGAGGCCAAGAAGCCUGGUAGGAAGCCACUAACUUCGGAGCCUACUACGAAGCGCAAGGCCCAAAAUCGGGCGGCCCAGCGAGCCUUCCGUGAACGCAAGGAAAAGCAUCUGAAGGACCUCGAAGACUCCGUGGAAAGGCUGCAGAAGACAUCUGAAAUGGCAAAUCAGGAGAAUGGCUUGCUGCGUGCUCAGGUUGAGCGGCUGCAAGUCGAGCUCCGUGAGUACCGCAAGCGCCUUUCGUGGAUGGCUUCUGGACCCGGCAACGGCCUUUCCGCUUUGAGUUCGAAUUCCAUCCCCAAUGCCCACUCCAAGGGGGCGUAUGGCCUUCAGAACAACGAAUUUCUCUUCGACUUCCCCAAGUUUGGUGAUUUACCGGGUGGUCAUCUCUUCAACGGACAAUCCAACAAGAAUGACCAAUUCAAAUCCAAUGACAACCUCACUCGGGCUCCCGGUGUUUUGAGUCGCGACAGUCUGAAUUAUUCCUCGUCCCGGUCUAAUUCUCACGCCCCGUCGAAUCACUCGCAGUCCAAUGGCACUCCUCAUAGUGCUACUUCUACGAAAGCACCGUACUCUGGCUUCAAAUCAUCUACAAAUGACAACUCGACUUCGGAAAAUUCCCCUUCAUCUUCGUCGGACUCACAUCAAAGUCAUAUGGUGUCAUCGAGCGGGACUUCCCCCGAGCCUAGUGUCAACUCUCCUAGCGGGAAAUAUCGCGAACUGGGAGUGGGAGACACUUGUGGAGGGCACAUCACCAGCGAUGGUGAGAAAUCCUUCUGCGAGCAACUUGGUAUGGCUUGCGGCAACAUCAGGAAUCCCGUACCAGCGGUUCGGGACAGCAAGUCCAAAUCACACAGCUUUUCAAGUGGCCAGCCAACGCCAAUUGAUAACCAAGCUGAGGGCGACGGUUCUCAAGACCUUGGGAUUGACUGGAUGGUUAAUCAGAAUGGCGGCCAAUUCGAUCCCGUGCUCUUUGGUGAUUGGCGAGAGCCCCAGGAUGCGGUGUUGGCUCAGGACUUCGGUUCAUUCUUCAAUGAAGCAUUCCCCUUGCCGGACCUGGGUAGUCCAUCCCACAACUUGUCCGAGGUUGCUUCCGACACGGUCCCACCCAAAAAGAGCCUCGUUGCCCAGAUUGACAGCAGGCUUGAGGAUGACGAGGUCGUCCCUGGCGAAGAUCAGACGCAGAUGCUGUCGUGCACCAAGAUAUGGGAUCGUCUUCAAUCCAUGGAGAAAUUCCGCAACGGUGAGAUUGAUGUCGACAACCUCUGCUCCGAGCUUCGCACGAAGGCACGCUGUUCGGAGGGCGGCGUUGUCGUGAACCAAAAUGACGUUGACGACAUCAUGGGACGAGUCAAGUAG